AUUACAGUCCCUCUCGGAUUUGCAAAACUGUCCCAACUGGUCCCUGUAAACUUCCCAAUGUAUCCCUGCCUGGCCUGCAUUUCCCGCACCCGCGUGUACGUGUAUGCAUGGAGGCAAGGAACAAAUGGAUCCUUACCAAAGGUGGAGGAGAGGAUCAACAAUGCGGUCCCACAAAAGAAGGGUCUGGCAUAUCGGCGCAUGGAGACUGAACCAGGGCUGGAUAAGUUUGUUGGAAAUGCAGAAGGAAUUCGAGAUGCGCUGAAGCCGCUUUUGGAUUGGGCUAUUGAAGAGGUACCUUCAUCAAGGCAUUCCAGGACGCCAAUUUUCUUGUUUGCAACAGCUGGUACGUCAGUGCAGUUUCGUCAGGACUGGGCACGCAUCAUCAGCGGGAUUGAGGAGGCUGUCUAUGGGUGGAUUGCGUUGAACUACAUGAUGAGGACGAUUGAAAGACCCGAGACACGCUAUGUUUUGGGUGCCCUUGACCUUGGUGGAUCAUCCUUGGAGGUCACCUUUGUCCCAUCGAAGUCAUCGCGGGUCAAGCACCCUGCCAAUGUGACAAUCUUGUCGUCGAAAUAUAACCUUUAUGCGCAUUCACACUCAGGUUUCGGGCUGAACGAUGCAUUUGAAAAGUCAGUGUUACAACUGAUGCGGGAAGCUGCACCAUCUACGGUAGAUAAAUGGCAGUCAAUUCCUGUGUUAAAACAUCCUUGUCUUCAUGCUGGAUACAACAAGACAUACACUCGAUCGAAGGCAACACUGAAGGUUCAGGAUGGGAAAGGAGAAACUAGUACCCUUAAGGACAAGAAUCGUGGUGGAGUUGAAGUCGAAGUGAGUAAUGGCCAGCGUGAACCUCAGAAAUUGCGGACUCGUAAAGACCAGAGUAAGGUCCUAGCAGAGGAUGCACAUUAUAAUAAGAAGGCCUUGCUGGUGAGGGACAAUGAGGACAAUACUGAUGUUUUUGCUGAAUAUAAAUCAGUGCGAUUAAUCGGAGCUCCUGAUUGGUCAAAAUGCCGAUCCCUUGCUCGGGCAGUGGUCCAUAAUGUUCCACCUUGUGCAGGGUCAUGUGCUUUGGGCACCAGCCAGCCGCCCUUGCGGGGACAAUUCUAUGCGUUGACAGGUUUUUUUGUGGUGUUCCACUUUUUCAACCUGCAAAUGCGCGACACGUUGGAUAAACUUCUUCAGGUUGGGAAGACAUUCUGUGAGCGCAGUUGGAAGAGCAUUGACAAACAGCAUCAUGGAGUGAAAAACCUCGACAGGUAUUGUUUCCGAGCGCCAUAUGUUGUCGCUCUCCUGAAGGAAGGUCUCGGUCUUCGACAAGACCAGAUAACAGUUGGAUCAGGUGACAUGGGUUGGACUCUUGGCGCAGCUCUGUACGAAGCUGGUGCAUUCAAGUCUCGUAAACGGAAAACAAGACGGGGUCAUCCGCUCAACGGAUUUUUAGAUGGACAGAGGCGGAUGGCGGGGAUCGAUAUGGAGGUUUUGGCGGCGAUGGUGUUGAUUGCUGCUCUUGCUGUGGCAAUCGGAGGAGCUAGUCUGUGGAAGUGGUGGAGGAGAAGGGUUCGACGGAAGGGAUUCCCUCCCCCUGGACCACACAGCCUCCCCAAGACUUGGGUUCCCAGCGCAAGAUUUGGUACUCUGCGAGGAAGUGACCGAGAGUCGAGAUCAAGGUCGUAUUUCAAUUCGGAUGGUGAACGGACAACAACACGGCCAUGGAAUCCAUCGCCAGAGGGUGCCAAUUUUGCACAGGGAUAUGUGGCACCCACGACCUUGCCUAUGUCCCGCGUCCAGAAGGGAAACGUCAAAGAGCAGACACUUGGAGGAAACCAACCGGAAGAGGAGAGCAAGGUUAUCGAUGACCAGCCAGAGCAGGAGAUGGAUGUUACAAUGGCUAUGAUCCUGGUUUUGAGGAAGUGGACGAGGACCAGCGUUUACUUAUUUGUGUAUUAGCUUUCGAUGCCUUUCUUCACUCGUUCUGGCAAUGUGCUUACUGCAAAUUAUCUUCAUCGUCCGUGCGGUUCUCUCUAUGUAUAAAUUUGUGUUUAUCCCUUUGCACAGGCCUAGGUGUGUGUGUGUGUGUGUGUGUGUGUGUGUGUGUGUGUGUGUGCACAUGCUGGAUCAGAUAUGCAUGAAUCAGCUGUAUGCCAGGAAGCAACCCCAACCUCUUUGUCAUAGGUGUGGCUGCUCUCUGCAUCUUCAGAUCGCAUACUGUGACUGUGUGCAUCCGUUUGGAUGUGGACCAGAUGCAUAUGAACGAAGACGGCAUAGUUAAAUGUACGACACUUAGUGCCUUUGGCCUAUGGAAGGUUGUGCGAUAAAGUCGUCUAACUUGA